AAAUGGAGGCUUCUUCCAGCAUUUCUAAAGGUGAAAGGACUUGUGAAGCAGCAUAUAGACUCAUUCAACUAUUUCAUCAAUGUAGAGAUAAAGAAAAUCAUGAAGGCCAAUGAAAAAGUUACAAGUGAUGCUGACCCAAUGUGGUACUUGAAGUACCUCAAUAUCUAUGUAGGUACUCCAGAUGUGGAAGAAAGCUUCAAUGUGACACGACCUGUGUCACCUCACGAGUGCCGCCUGAGAGACAUGACUUAUUCUGCCCCGAUAACAGUGGACAUUGAAUACACACGAGGUAGCCAGAGGAUCAUACGCAAUGCAUUACCCAUUGGCAGAAUGCCUAUAAUGCUGCGUAGCUCCAAUUGUGUUCUUACUGGGAAAACUCCAGCAGAAUUUGCCAAACUUAACGAAUGUCCCUUAGAUCCAGGUGGCUAUUUCAUUGUUAAAGGUGUAGAGAAGGUCAUUCUUAUUCAAGAGCAGUUAUCCAAAAACAGAAUAAUUGUGGAAGCUGAUAGAAAAGGCACAGUUGGCGCUUCUGUUACCAGUUCCACUCAUGAGAAGAAGAGCAGAACAAAUAUGGUUGUUAAACAAGGAAGAUUUUACCUGAGGCACAACACUCUGUCAGAAGAUAUUCCCAUUGCCAUCAUAUUUAAGGCCAUGGGUGUUGAGAGUGACCAAGAGAUUGUACAAAUGAUUGGCACAGAGGAACAUGUGAUGGCUGCAUUUGCUCCUAGUCUGGAAGAAUGCCAAAAAGCUCAGAUUUUUACACAGAUGCAGGCAUUGAAGUACAUUGGAAAUAAAGUACGAAGGCAAAGAAUGUGGGGAGGCCCAAAGAAGACAAAGAUGGAAGAAGCACGAGAGCUGCUAGCAUCAACUAUUCUGACCCACGUUCUUGUAAAGGAAUUCAAUUUUCGUGCCAAGUGCAUAUACACAGCAGUGAUGGUGCGCAGAGUAAUUUUGGCUCAAGGAGAAAAUAAAGUAGAUGACAGAGACUACUAUGGAAAUAAACGUUUGGAGUUGGCAGGGCAGCUUCUUUCUCUUCUAUUUGAAGAUUUGUUCAAAAAAUUUAACUCUGAACUGAAAAAGAUUGCUGACCAGGUCAUCCCCAAGCAACGUGCAGCCCAGUUUGAUGUUGUGAAGCAUAUGCGUCAAGACCAAAUCACCAAUGGCAUGGUCAAUGCCAUAUCCACAGGAAAUUGGUCUCUGAAGAGAUUCAAAAUGGACCGCCAAGGUGUGACGCAAGUAUUGUCCCGCUUGUCUUAUAUAUCUGCUCUGGGAAUGAUGACUAGAAUCUCUUCUCAGUUUGAAAAGACAAGGAAAGUGAGUGGUCCUCGGUCGCUGCAACCAUCUCAGUGGGGGAUGCUCUGCCCAUCUGACACGCCUGAAGGAGAGGCUUGUGGUUUGGUUAAAAAUCUUGCCCUCAUGACUCACAUUACUACGGAUAUGGAAGAUGGCCCAAUUAUUAAAUUAGCCAGUAAUCUUGGAGUUGAAGAUGUCAACUUGCUCUGUGGUGAAGAACUUUCUUAUCCAAAUGUGUUCCUUGUUUUCCUUAAUGGUAACAUCCUUGGUGUCAUACGAGAUCAUCAGAAAUUAGUCAACACGUUUCGGAUAAUGCGUCGAGCGGGUUACAUCAAUGAAUUUGUUUCCAUUUCUACAAAUCUUUCGGACAGAUGUGUCUACAUUUCCUCUGAUGGUGGGAGACUGUGCAGACCCUACAUAAUUGUCAAGAAGCAAAAACCUGCGGUUACAAACAAGCAUAUGGAAGAACUGGCUCAGGGAUACAGGAAUUUUGAAGACUUCUUGCACGAAGGCCUUGUUGAGUAUUUGGAUGUGAAUGAAGAAAACGACUGUAACAUUGCACUAUAUGAACAUACGAUUAAUAAAGAUACAACGCAUUUGGAGAUUGAGCCUUUCACGCUUCUUGGUGUCUGUGCUGGGCUGAUUCCAUAUCCUCACCACAACCAGUCCCCAAGGAACACUUACCAGUGUGCCAUGGGGAAACAAGCAAUGGGUACUAUUGGAUACAAUCAAAGAAACAGGAUAGAUACUCUUAUGUAUCUUCUAGCCUAUCCGCAAAAGCCAAUGGUAAAAACAAAAACAAUUGAACUGAUAGAUUUUGAGAAACUGCCUGCUGGACAGAACGCCACAGUUGCUGUGAUGAGCUACAGUGGUUAUGAUAUUGAAGAUGCCCUUGUCUUAAACAAGGCCUCUUUGGACAGAGGUUUCGGAAGGUGUCUUGUAUAUAAGAAUGCCAAGUGUACACUGAAGCGUUACACAAACCAGACAUUUGAUAAAGUUAUGGGUCCGAUGUUGGAUGCAGCUACCCGUAAACCAAUCUGGCGCCAUGAAAUUUUAGAUGCUGAUGGUAUCUGCUCUCCAGGUGAAAAAGUAGAAAAUAAGCAAGUCCUUGUGAACAAAUCUAUGCCAACUGUGACCCAGACACCUCUGGAAGGGAGUAGCGUGCCUCAGCAGCCACAGUACAAAGAUGUGCCAGUAACCUACAAAGGUGCAACUGAUUCUUAUAUUGAAAAAGUCAUGAUUUCGUCAAAUGCAGAGGAUGCUUUCUUGAUCAAAAUGUUGUUGAGGCAAACUAGACGUCCAGAAAUUGGAGAUAAAUUUAGCAGUCGUCAUGGGCAGAAAGGGGUGUGUGGACUGAUUGUUCCUCAGGAGGACAUGCCGUUUUGCGAUACAGGAAUCUGUCCAGAUAUCAUAAUGAACCCUCAUGGCUUCCCAUCGCGUAUGACGGUAGGAAAGUUAAUUGAACUCCUGGCUGGAAAGGCUGGGGUCCUCGAUGGCAGAUUUCACUAUGGAACAGCUUUUGGAGGCAGUAAAGUUAAGGAUGUGUGUGAAGAUCUUAUUCGCCAUGGUUAUAACUACCUAGGGAAGGACUAUGUAACAUCUGGUAUCACUGGUGAGCCUUUGGAAGCAUAUAUCUAUUUUGGCCCUGUGUAUUACCAGAAACUAAAGCACAUGGUGUUGGAUAAAAUGCAUGCAAGAGCUCGAGGACCCAGAGCAGUGCUCACCAGACAACCCACUGAAGGUCGAUCCCGUGAUGGUGGUUUACGUCUUGGAGAGAUGGAACGGGAUUGUUUGAUAGGUUAUGGAGCCAGCAUGCUUCUAUUGGAGAGACUGAUGAUUUCAAGUGAUGCCUUUGAAGUGGAUGUUUGUGGGCAGUGUGGCUUGCUGGGGUACUCUGGCUGGUGCCACUACUGCAAAUCAUCAUGUCAUGUGUCUUCUCUGCGCAUACCUUAUGCCUGUAAACUCUUAUUCCAAGAAUUGCAGUCAAUGAACAUCAUACCUAGGCUAAAACUGGCUAAGUACAAUGAAUGAAUGAGAUGGAAAAGAGAGAGAAAAGUACUUUACAUAAAUUGAAAUCCAGCAUGUAUAACUGGAAGAUUUUUUUUUUUUGUGAACUGGAAUAACUCUAAAACCUGAGUGGGUAGAAAGGAGGUGCAAGACAGUGUAAGAAAUCAUUCUUACAUAUUCUACCUGGUUUUAAGUUGACAGGGGAGACUGUCAGUAGAGUACACUAGGAGCAGUUCUGAAAGCCUUGUUUAGUCUGAGUGAACAGGACACGUGGCAAUUGUGGAAUAAGGCCGUGCUCCAGCAAAGCACUUGCAUCACUUCAAACUACCACAUGCUUGGUUUUCAAAAGUGCUUUGCUGGACUAAGGCUUGAGCUGAGCUGAAUGCACAUCUUAUUCAUAGAGGUUAAAAAUGUUUUCCAGACCAGUGGACUAUGAAAGACUAAUAAAUGUUUU